AUGGAAGCAUUAAUUGAGGAUCUUGAACACACUACGAUAUAUUAUCGACCCAGAAACGAUAGCGAAGAAAGUGAUGGAGAGGGUGGACUAGGAAAUCUCAAUCGCCUUAUCGUCCGCCCUCCUGGCCACAGCGGAAAAGCUAAGCGGGGUCAUUUGUGUUUCGACGCAGCGUUCGAGUGUGGAAACCUAGGGCGCGCUGAUCAUAUCACCGAGCUCGAGUAUGAUUUGUUUAUCAGACCUGAUACGUGUAGACCUCGCUCACGUUUCUGGUUUAAUUUUACUGUUGAAAACGUCAAACAAGAUCAGCGUGUUAUAUUCAAUAUAGUGAAUUUAGGAAAAGAAUAUACUCUUUUCAACGAAAACAUGACUCCGUUAGUACGAUCAUCUUCCAGACCGAAAUGGCAACGUAUUCCACGUCGGCUACUAUUUUACCAUCGGUCGCUAGUUCACCGAGGUCGAAAGAUACUUAGUCUAGCCUUUGGAUUUGAUAAAGAAGAGGAUAUAUACCAGUUCGCAGCAGCUGCUCCUUAUUCUUAUUCAAGAUUGCAAAAACAUCUGAGUUUGUGGGAAAAAAAAGCACAGACUUUUGCUACUAGAGAAAGCAUUGCUCAAACAACGCAAAAACGUCGAAUAGAUUUAAUAACUAUAGGAGAAUGUGCUCCAAAAGAAGAAAGUAAAGAAGAAAUCGUAACGAAAGGAAGACUGGGCGAAACAAAGAGGCGUGUUGUUCUUGUUUUAGUGAGAGCUCAUGGCGGAGAACAGCCAGCUUCAUUUAUCUGCCAAGGUUUUUUAGACUACAUCGUAAGUUCUUCAGAAAAAGCAAUCGCCCUACGAAAUGGAAUUGUCAUCCAGGUUGUACCAAUGUUAAAUCCAGAUGGUGUCUUUUUGGGUAACCACCGAUCAGACUUGCUUGGAUCAGAUCUUAAUCGUUGUUGGAAUAGAGCAACCAGCUACGCCCACCCUGCUCUUAUCGCGGUCAAUGAUCAAAUAAAGAAGAUAACAGCAGAAAAAUUGAAAGUAUUCUUUAAAACUUUUAUCUCUGUUUAGACAAUGCAGUUGGAUUUCAUCAUUGAUAUUCACGCAGAUGUGAGUCACGAAGGGGUUUUUGUACGUGGUAAUUCGUACGAUGACGUAUACAGAUUCGAGCGUCAUGCAGUCCUUCCGAAAUUUCUUGGAAUGCGGGUAGAAGCAUGGAAACCAGAGUCUUGCUUAUAUAAUGCAGAUUCACUAUCUGCUGGAACUGCACGACGAGCGCUCUCUGUAGGAUCCGUAGACGCCUACUCGCUUUUAGUAUCUAUGGGUGGUCGACGCUUAACUCCAACGGGACCCUAUAUACACUACAGUGAAGAUGCCUAUUUGAAAAUAGGAAGGUCCUUGGCAAAAGCUUUGUGUGACUAUUACCGUCAUAUUGGGGUCAUUGCGCCCCGUGAAGGUGUAAACAUCAAGAAAAAAGAGUCACGGAGAAGGCGGAGGCGGAAACGACCAAUAAACGAACAAGAAAGGUGA